CUUUCAUUUCUUCUAAAAAAAUUCGCUAUGGAAACACCUUGAAGCUCUUCCCCCAUUGCAAAAAUCCUAACCGAAAAUAUUUUCUAUGCUAGCCCAUCCUCUGCCUUUGGAAAUAAAUUUUUUAUAUAUUAAGACAAAAAUCACACAAUGGGGUCUUUUGUCCCAUUUCAAGACCUCAACCUCUCUCAAUCUCCAUCUGCGCCGUCCAUCAACAUCGCCGCCAUUAACCCGCCUCCUAUUUUAAUCCCAAAGAUUGAUCCUAAACUUAAGCCGCUUGACAUUCUUGUUGCGACACCUCAGCCCCAAGAACCUCAGGACUCUUUGUUUCCCGAUUUUACCCCUAACAUUUUCUCUAAUUCCGAACAUACCCCUCACUCGCAAUCCUCCAGCUUCUCCUUCUCUGAAGAAAAGGAUGCCUACUCCGAAUAUCAUAGAAUCUUCGAGCUCAUUCGCAAUGAAUUCACCGAACGCUUGGAGGAAAAGCACGACGACAUUUCAGUGUUAGACCCGGAUUCUCGCGCGAUCGUCUCUGGCAAUGAAAACAAUAGCAUCUCCUCGGUUGUCGUCACCCGACCUCCUCGUCGAUACCCGAAGCGCUCUUCUGAGCUUGUCCGCUGGGCAAACCUUGGAAUCGAGGACCAACGGUAUUUCCGGGACUCCGUUCGUCGAACCCGUAUGCUAUAUGAUGCCCUCCGCAUAUUCUCCGUAUUGGAGGAAGAGAAACGUCGUGGCAACAGCCUCAACCGCCGGGCCCGAGGCGAUGUCCUGGCCUCCUCUGAGAUGCGUGCCCACGGGCUCUGGCUCAACCGUGAUAAACGGAUUGUGGGGCCCCUCCCUGGAGUUGAAGUUGGGGAUGUAUUCUUUUCCCGGAUGGAAUUGUGUAUGAUUGGAUUGCAUGGAAAAACCCAAGCAGGUAUUGAUUACCUUCCGGCAAGCCAGAGCUUGAAUGGGCAACCCAUUGCAACAAGCAUAAUUGUUUCAGGUGGCUAUGAGGACAAUGAGGAUUCCGGAGAUAUGUUAAUCUACACGGGGCACGGUGGACAGGAUAAGUUUUCGAGGCAAUGUAUGCAACAGAAGCUCGAAGGAGGGAAUUUAGCAUUGGAGAGGAGUAUGCAUUAUGGGAUUGAGGUAAGAGUGAUUAGAGGUUUUAAAUAUGCAAGGAGUUUUAAUAAGAUUUACGUUUAUGAUGGUUUGUAUAAAAUUCAUGAUUGUUGGUUUGAUGUGGGGAGAUCUGGGUUUGGCGUUUACAAGUAUAAGCUGUUGAGGAUUGAAGGGCAACCGGAAAUGGGUAGUUCCAUUUUGAGGUUUGCACAGAGUUUGAGGACUAGUCCAUUGAGUGCGAGGCCUACGGGUUAUCUUAGUCUUGAUAUUUCCAAUAAGAAGGAGAAUAUGCCAGUGAUGUUGUUUAAUGAUAUUGAUAAUCAUCAUGAUCCUCUCUGUUAUGAGUAUCUGGUGAGGACAGUGUUUCCAUCCUUUGCAUUUAAUCAUGUAAGUAACGGGACAGGGUGUGAGUGUGUUUCAGGUUGUAUUGAUGGUUGUUUUUGCUCGAGGAAGAAUGGGGGAGAGUUUGCUUAUGAUCAGAAUGGUUUCUUAUUGAGAGGGAAACCGAUAGUAUUUGAAUGUGGAGCUUUUUGUAGGUGCCCACUAAGUUGCCGGAACCGUGUAACUCAAAAGGGGUUGAAAAAUAGACUGGAGAUCUUUAGGUCAAGGGAGAAAGGUUGGGGAGUUAGGUCAUUGGAUUUGAUACGUGCUGGUGCAUUUAUAUGUGAAUAUGCAGGGGUUGUUCUUACAAGAGAGCAAGCUGAGGUUUUCACAAUGAAUGGCGAUAAUUUGAUUUAUCCAAGUAGAUUUUCUCAAAAGUGGGUUGAAUGGGGGAAUUUAUCUAAGAUAUAUCCUGGUUAUGUGUGUCCAUCUUAUCCAUCUAUUCCACCUUUGGAUUUUGCAUUGGAUGUGUCGAGAAUGAGGAAUGUUGCUUCUUAUGUGAGCCACAGUUCAACUCCAAAUGUGCUGGUGCAGUUUGUAUUGUAUGAUCACAAUAAUUUGAUGUUCCCUCACCUCAUGCUCUUUGCAAUGGAGAACAUUCCUCCUUUGAGGAAGCUUAGCCUUGAUUAUGGUGUGGUUGAUGAGUGAACGAGGAAGCUUUUUAUUUUUAAAUAAAUAGGCUAGAAGAGUUGUUGGAACUCUUUGUAUGUGGUGUAGCACAGCAUCCUGAAGACAUUAUCUUAUAAGGUGGCUUUUGAAGCACAAAACGUCACUUGAAUUAAAGUUUUUAUGUUGAAUCAUCAACUUGAGAAUAGACCUCCAUCCCAAGACAUUUUCAAGGAAGAAAGUCAAAGGAAUCAAGAUCAAAAGACAAUAACUCUAUAGCAGCAUCACUGCUCAUGAACCUCAUGGGUUUGAAACUACAUCGGCAAUAAACAUUUAUGAAUGCUAAGCUCCUGCAAUGGAAGCUUUCCCAUGGAAAAUGGAGGGUCACGUGGUACCAAGAUUGGAUUUCAGAGGCUCAUGGUAGCAUUAGUGGCACCGUUUAUUGGAAACUCAGAUUAUUGAACCAAGAAAUGCUACAAGAAUGUGCUGGCUGGGACUCUAGUGACUGGGACCAACCCACCAGUAGUUGCAACAACCUAGAGUGUGAUUAGUCCUAAUAGUGUUAGUGACCAAGUUUCGUUGUGCAACACCAGAAUGCCUCCUAUCAGGCCUGACCAACAGGGCCUACCACAAGGACUAACACCAGAGCAAGUUCACCAGCGCAUCAGGGAAAUGGAGGUUCAAACUGCUUUCUUGAUGGGACUGAUCCCUGGAACUAGUUCAUUGCCUAGAGCAGUUGCCUCUGAAGCAGAACUUCCUCCAGGACCACCAUUUGGAGAGGCCAAUCCAGCUCAACCUAGAGGAAUAGGUCGAGGUUACUCGAUCAAUCAACAACAUAGGGAUAAAGACAGAGCAGACAGGGAUGGACGAAUAAGAAGAACUUUUUGAUGAAUCACCACAACCAAAAGUGAACUAGUACUUGGUGAAAGCUGUUCAGAGGUACCAGAAGCAGGUGGAGGAAGAAAAUUUAAGAAUUAAGGAUGAGUCUCCAUUGUUCGAACUAUUCCUAGUUGAGCAGUUCCCACCAAAGUUCAAGCUACCCAUCCUGGACAAGUAUGUAGGAACAACAGACCUGAGGAGCCACGUGGUAAAUUUUCGAACAACGAUGAUGCUCUAGAACGUGAGUGACUACUACCUUUGUCGGGUGUUCCCAAUAACAUUGAUCGGCCUAGCUCAGAAAUGAUACCAGCACCUCAGGCCUUAGUCAAUCUAGAAUUUUUACUAGCUCUUCAUUGAGUUUAAGAACAAGUUCAUCUCCUGCAUUUCACUGAAAAAGCUAUCUUUGGAUCUUCAGAAAGUAAAGCAGUAGGAGGGGAAGUCUUUGAGGGAGUACAUUGCUUGAUUUAAUGCUGAAGCAAUACAAGUUAAAAACUUGAAACAUGGGACCGCGUGUGUGGCUUUGAAGAGGGGGACAAGGAAUGUCAAGUUUUCUGAUUUGUUGAUUGAGAACUCGGUGAUAGACUACUACUAGCUGAUGGAGAGAGCUCAGAAGUACAUUCGGCUGGAUGAUGAGCGAUAGGCUCUACACGAGGAAAGGAAAUCCAGGCAGAACAAUGAGGCAAGAAGAACUAUGGUUCAGAUCGAAGAGGUUAUAGCUCAGACAAGAACAUCGAGCAGAGCAGAGAAAGAUUCCACAGCUACAUACCCUUGAAUGAGGCAAGAUCCAUAGUCCUCAUGUGGAUCCAGAAGAAUGGCAAAUACAUAAAAUGGGCAAAGAGGCUCAAUGUAGACACUUCAGGAAAGCAGGACGAGCAAGUUUCUGCAUGUUCCAUAAGGACCAUGAUUACCACUGAUGAGUGCAGGCAGCUCAAAGAUGAGAUUGAACGACUGAUUAGGGAUAGUCCCUUAGGAGGUUCUCAAGGGAUAAUCGAAACGAUGGACCUUUAGAAAGGAGGGGAUCAACCUUCAGAUGCAAAGAUAUCACCAUCAUAGAGAAGCAUAAUGGCCUAAUUGGUGUAAUCAAUGUCAUUGCAGGUGGGCCGUGUGUUGGGAAGUCUGGUAACAAGAGGUUAGCAGAGGUGAGUAGCAGUAGUAGCCGAACAAUCCUCUCGGUUGAUAAGGACGAGCUGAGCAAGGAAAUCAUCACGUUCUGUCCUAGUGACCAUGAGGUAAAACAAUCACAUUCUGACCUUUUGGUGGUGUUUGUGCAGAUGAGCAAGUACACAAUACAAAGAAUGUUGAUCGAUAUGGCAAUCUCGAUCAACCUCAUCACCAAGAAGUGUUUGAGAAGCUCAGCCACGAUCAAGAUGGUUUGGCAAAGGUGAUGUACUCAUUGGUUGGCCUUGGAGAUAAGAUAGAUCUUGUACUCGAAAUCGCCAAUCUGGCAGUGAUCCUGGGCAAUGAGGGGUAUAAACGUGAGAUCUAUAUAUACUUCAUGGUGGUCGACAUCCUAUUAUUAUUCAACAUUAUUCUCGGUUGCCCUCUCCUAAGUAGCAAUAGUAUCAACACUAGCAUACAAUGGUUGUGCAUGAAAUUUCCCGCCAAGGGAGGCAUAGCCAUUGUCCGAGGAAGUUAGAAGUCAGCAUAAGAGUGCUAUCAGAAGUUAACCAAAGUGGUGACAUAGGUGACUUUGUCGAUUGAGCUGCUGGAGAAAUCAGAGAGUCAAAUCUCACUAGAACCAACUUAUCAAGUAAUGGAAAAGGAGUUGAAAGAAGGGAAUAAAAUUUGCCUCGUAACCGCAUUAAGCGGGUCAAGCAAGGAAGAAGUAAUUUGAACAUUAAAAAACAGAAUGGCAACAUUCACAUGGCAAACAGAAGAUGUGAAGGGCAUAGAUCCAGCCAUAAUCACUCAUAGGCUGAGUGUGGACUCAGAAGCUAAGCAGGUUCAACAAAAGAAAAAGUGUUUCGCACUUGAACAAUAAAAGAUUAUUGCUGAGCAAGUUAAGAAGCUAUUGGACGCAGGUCUAAUCUGAGAAGUGAGGUACCAAACUUGGGUAGCCAAUGUCAUCUUAGUCAGAAAGGCAAAUGGAAAAUGGUGGAUGUGUGGACUAUACAGAUCUUAACAAAGCAUGCCCAAAAGAUCACUAUCCGUUCCCAACCAUUGACAAGUUAAUGGAUGCAAUAGCUGGGCACGUGGUAGUAUCUCUGGUGGAUGCUGUGUUCGGAUACCAUCAAAUAAGAAUGGAUCCGAAAGAUGAAGAGAAGACUGCUUUCAUGACAGAAUCUGGAGUUUUGUGUUACAAGGCCAUGCCAUUCGGUCUCAAUAAUGUUAGUGCAACAUAUCAAAGAUUGGUGGAUCAAAUGUUCAAAGAUUUGAAGGGCAGAAUCAUCAAAUUAUUAUAGAUGAUAGACAACAUAAUCAUCAAAUUCAAGAGACAAGGACCAUGUUAGAGACAUAGCUGGAGCAUUUGAUGUGCUGGACAGAAAAAGGAUGAAGUUGAACUCAGACAAGUGCGCCUUCGGGGUAAAGGCUGACAAGUUCCUUGACUUCAUGAUAUCCGAGCGAGGGAUAGAGGCAAACCCAGAAAAGAUCUGAGCAAUAAUGGGUAUGUAACCACCAAGCAACAUAAAGGAAGUUCAACGACUCAACGGAUGAAUAACUGAUCUUGAUAGGUUCAUGAGUUAUUUGGCCAGAAAAUGCCUGCCCUUCUUCCAAGCAUUGAAAACAAAAAUCAAUUUAAAGUGGGGAGAAGAAUGCCAGGUAACUUUUGAAAAUUUGAAGCAUUUUCUAUCAUCUCUACCAUUACUUGACUCGCUAAAAUUGGGUGAGGUAUUGUUUGAUAUCUUGCAGUGAUAAAGGAGACAGUAAGCUCGAUCCUCAUCUGAGAAGAAGAUGGUGAGCAAAAACUGGUGUACCAUACAAGUGAAGUGUUGAAGGGCUCUGAGCUCAACUACCUAAUAUUAGAAAAGCUUGCCUUUGCAGUUCUAUCUUCGGUGACGAAGAUAAAGCCAUGCUUCAAAGCCCACACAAUAGAAGUCUGAACAAACUACCCUCUGCCGAUGAUUCUACACAGACCAGAGGCGUCUUGAUGAUUAGCGACAUGGUCAGUGAUUCUAGGGCCAUAUGGCAUCAAAUAUGUCCCAAGGAUAACACUCAAAGCAUAGGUACUUGUAGACUUUGUGGCUGAGCUAACACCAGUACCCAAAAUUGAGGAAAAACCAAAGGAGCAAUGGAAUGUAUGGGCGAAUAGAGUAUCGAGUUCAACUGGUGCGGGCAUAGUUGUAGAUCCUUAAAGAACCACACACAGCAAAGCUAAAGUACGCGACAAAGCUAGCAUUUCGAGCAACGAACAACGUGGCUGAAUAUGAGGCCAUUCUCAUGGCUUUGCACAUCAUCAAAGCGUAAGAGCCCAAAAAUUCAACAUUUUUUAUGACAAUUGGUUGUUAAACAACUACAGGAAAGUUAUUAAGUCGAAGACUCGAACCUGGGGUGGCAUAAAUCCGAGUAGAUAGCGGAGAAGUAAACAUUCUCUAAAUACCAAGAGAGGAGAACUAAGAGGCAGACUCCCUGGCAAAGGCAGCGGUAGUGGGCGAACAAUACCUGACACAAUCCAUCCUUUUUGAGGAGAUCGCAGCACCGACCGUGGACAAGGAAGAGGCAUUGCCAAUCGAUAUUGGAGAAACGUGGAUGACACCCAUCUUCUAUUGCUUCGACCAAGGCACACUACGAAGCCAAAAAGAUAGUACAGGGAUCAAUGAAGUAUAGUAUACUUGAUGGCUGGCUGUACCGGAGAUUCUACCUUCAACCAUGGCUCAAAUGCGUUAAUAGAGAGGAUGGUUUGUUGGUCUUACUUGAGAUCCACGAGGGACUGUGCGAUAAACAUGAAGGGGCAAGAACAAUUGCCAAAAAGGCACUCAGACAAGGGUUUUUUUUGCCCAUUGCAGUGUAGGAAGCCAAGGAUUUAGUUCAGAAAUGCAGAAAAUGCCAAGAGCAUAGCAUCAUUCUUCGCCUCCCAGUGGAGAAACUUUCAUCCAUCGGCAGUUCAUGAACCUUCUACAAGUGGGCAUAGACAUUCUUGGGCAUUUUCCAAUGGCAUCGAGCUCCCGAAAGUACGCAUAGUCGCCAUUGAUCACUUGACCAGGUGGCCGAAAGCCGAGGCAUCACAGUACUUAACAGCUUACCGAGCAAUAGCUUUCAUCAGACAAAAUAUCUUCUGCAGGUUUGGAGUUCCCAAAGUUAUCAUAACAGACAAUGGUACUCAGCUCGCUAGUAACAAAUUCAGAGAGCUUAGGAUCGAUCUUUGCUUCGCUUGAACCUAUCAUUCGCAGACAAACGGAAUGAUUGAAGUCGCGAAUCGAACAAUACUUGAAGGAUUGAAGAGGCGGCUAUGUAGAGCUAAAGGAGCCUGGCCUGACCAUUUGCCGAGCAUCCUGUGGGCUUAUUGAACUACACCUAGGUCAGCUACAAGAAAAACUCCAUUUUCACUCGCAUAUGGAUCAGAGGCAGUAAUCCCCUCGGGAGUCAACAUCCCAUGAGCUCAAACAGAGCACCCUAAGGAAGCUUCACAAUAGGAAGACCUAUGGUUCAAUCUUGACACGACAAAAAAGCUGAGGGAGAUAGCUUUCAUUUGAAUGGCACAGUACAUAUAAAAGAUGAUCAACAUGUAUAACAAAAAAGUCAAAACGUCUAGCAUUCAUGGUCGAAAACUUUGUUCUUAAGAGAGACAAUGUCACAAGCAGUAUAGUCGAAGCUGGGAAGUUAGGAUGUAACUGGGUUGGACCUUUUGUCAUUUCUAAGGUUAUCUGCCGGGUUUUACAAACUAGCCGAGACAAAUGACAGAGUCUUGACCUGAGCAUAGAAUAUCUAUAAUUUUUGCAAGUAUUAUAAACAAAGAGGAAUUUUUCAUAAUCUCUAAUUGUUCUAAUCUAAGGAUGCUUAGCCCAUUCAUGACUAUAGUCCGCUAGACUAAAUAAUUUAAGGGUGUUUAGCUCAUCCACGAUAAUAGUCUGUUAGGCUAAAUAAUCUAAGGGUGCUUAGUCUAUCAAUGGCAAUAGUUCACAAAGUUAAAAUAAACUAAAGAGCCUUUAGCUCAUACCCAUUGAUGAGCUACAAGAUAAGCAAAAUUUAAGGGCAACUACCCCGAUAGCAAGAUUAAUAAGAAUUAUGACGAAUAAGCUGCCUAAAUUAUGAUCUAAUGUCUUGAACAAGUAAAUGAUAAUCACUGUAAAUAUCUGAGCAACACAUUUUAUGCACGAAUGGUUUGUCUUAUUGAUGCUUUUCUUCUGUCAAAAUUUUGAGUGAUCUUCUCUAUAUUUUAUUAAUUACGUUUUGAUCAUGGGUAAAGCCGAGCAGUCGUCUUUGUCACAUUCUAUACCAAGUGAAAUUUCAUGCUUUAUGACAUUACGACUCGUACACGGCACCCAAGGUUCAUUACCAAUUAAGGUUCCGAGAAUAAAUUACUUGAACUUUUAUACAUAAAUUUUUAACACUUGUUGAUGCAGGAAUACCGAGCAAUUACUGGUGUUUUCCUUAGUGGUACGUUGGCCUAUGGGUCCAAGCAUUUAUCACUAACGGAAGUUAAUUCAUCAAGAUUGUUCAAUUAUUAUUGUUACAUUUUCUACUCGGUCUGUGGGUCCGAGCAUUUAUUAUUAUUGUCAUUACAUUUUUUACUUGGCCUGUGAAUCCGAGCAUUUAUUAUUAUUGUCAUUACAUUUUUUACUUGGCCUGUGAAUCCGAGCACUUAUUACUAACAAGUUUUAAUGUUGUGUUCAGUUACUUAUUCCGAGCUAUGGUACUUUGCAACUUUCAAAAAGUAAAGAAAGGAAAAUACUGUUCAUUGAUGAGAAAAGGAAAUAUAAAGAUUAUCGAGUAUAGGGGCCUACUCAUCAUAUGCAACCCCCUGCUCUGGUGCAUUAACAUCAUUGACGUCUAUAGCCUCGUCUUCGCCACCACCUAAAUCCUCUACCUAGGAGAAGUCAUUCCCUGGGUAGCGCCUUUGAAGCUCAAUGACAAUGUCAUUUUGGGCUUUGACAUAAAUGUUGACUGGUUGAUCAUCGGUGGUGGCGAGCUCCGCUUCCUGCUUUUCAACCUUUUUCUUAAGUUUGGUUUGUUUUGCCUGGGCAAUUUUGGGCUUCGACCUCAAGAGCGCACAUCUUCACCUUCAGCUUUUGAAGCUUGCCCUCUUGCUUCUGAAUUUUCUUCUUAGAGGCAAAGAUGAACUCAAUUAACAAAGCAAUCUCUAUUUCCUGACUACCAAACAUGCCCCCUCAAAGCUUUGUUCCUCUCUCGAAGGAGCUGUAUGCAGACAUUUUGCUACAUUUGCAGUGUCAUGGCUCAGAGGGCAAGCUCAUAGUCAUCGUUUUGAUCUAGGCAAGCCCGAUCAAUGGGAAGAGUGUAUCGCUUGGCGAACCAGUCGGCCAAUUUGAAGUUCUCGACCACUGAUUGCUCGGAUAGAAGCUGCUCAACAGUUUGUUGCCCAACUGGCUGAAAGGGUGCAGUUGGCGCAUUCUCUUACUCUUCGACUCUCGGCUCAGUGAAUGGGGGAGCCGUCUGUUGCUCGCCACCAGUAGGAGAGGCCAAGAGUGUUGUAACCCUAACCCUCUUUGGCGCAGGAGGGGUGGUAACGACAAUUGGGCGAGCUUCGACCUUCUUUUUUCGAAUCAGUUGCUCCACAUUCUUUGCCCCGUUCGACAUUUCUGCGAAAAGGAAAGAAUUUCAGUAAGUAAAAAUGAUCAAAAGAUGAGUUCAAGUCUUUACCCUCAAUCAGGAUGUUAUAAUGUUCGGCCACCACCAGAUUCCUAGACCCAUAUAAGGCCUCCCACUAUUUGUCCUUAAGCUCUAUUAGAGUUUUGAUCGGUAUUUUCUCUCGCCAAACAACAGCCUUUAGUUCGUUAACCACUGUUUUCUCUUUGACAUCCAGCCUCAGUCACUCGCCCUCUUGUCUGCUAAAGAAUUCCAGGCGGUCUGGAUUCCACCCCAUUGCUCAUCAGCAGUGUUUUCCACAAAAAAAAUCUAUCCUUCCACUUCCUUAGUGAGGAAGGAAGACUAGUGAACAAGCCUAUCCCCUUAUGGGCAUGGAAGUGCUAAUACUCCACGAUAUCUCGUGUGUUCAAUUGAAAAAAGGUGGAAAAUACCCGAGCUGAAGCAUGUAGUCUUUUUCUUUGGCAUAGUGCCUUGAACAUUGAUAACAGUCUCUGGGAAUUCAGAUGCAUGUGAGGGGUGGACAAUCAGUAAUAUUUGAGGAUUUCAAUGUUGAGAGGAUCGAGUAGCAAUUGCAAACCAGACUUCAGCUGAUCCUCAUAGAUAGUUACCUGAACCGGGCGAAGAAAAGUGUUGUCUGCUAAUCCUCGACGCCCGACGAGUGACAGCCAGAAUCUUUCAUUGUCGAUGCCAUAGGACUUGCUCAAGAAGAUCCCACUCGCCCAAGGAGAAAAUGGCCGCAGAGACUCUAGUAGGCGUGCUCGGCUUAGAAGUGCUUGCACCAACAUUCUGGUGGGACGGUGCCUCGACUGCGACUGUGGGUUCAACAGUUGCUGUAUUUGGCGGUCCAAUAACCUUAGGGACAUCUCCUGGGUGACCAGAAUCGGAGAAGAGUAAUCAGAUACUUGAACCCUGACUGAAAACAACCAUCGAUGAGGAGGGAGUCACGCUUGAACCCCGGCUUCCCUUAAGUCACUCAUUUUAUUGGAGCAAACAGUUGGACAAAAAGAAGGAAAGAGAAGAAAAGACACAAGACUACCAGAGAAUUGGAAGAAAUAGAAAUUCAUGGAGAGUCACAGGAGAAAGCUGAGAGCACAAAUUGGAAGAUAGCAAAGUAGAAAGUAAAAUGGAAAAGGGACACAAAAGAGGGUUUAUAUAGUGAGUUGUGGGGCAUUUAAUGUAAGAUUUUAAAUUUUUCGUUGCCAAACCAAAGCGCCAAAAUGGUCUUUCGCAUUUUCAAGGACAGUAUUAAUUAGGGCAUGCCAUGUCGAAGUGACACCUUGUCAGUUUGUGCUUGACAGCUGUCCUCGAACCACACGACAAUUAAUUUAGAUCACAUCCCCCAAGGGCACUCUGUAUUAGGCGACCGGACAAGAGGUGCUCAAACCUAAAGAUUCGUAAUGAUUGGAGGGGGAGGGGGGGGGGGAGACUAAUGAUAUUAUUUGCUCAAAACCAAGUCAAAUAGUCAGCGCUUGGGGCAAAGGAUCGAACGUGGCAGUCAAAAUAUCAACACUCGGUCAAAGGGUUAAACAGAGUGAGAGGCUGCUUAACCAUCUAGACUGAAUAGGAUUGAGCCGAUCAGAGGACAGUUCGGUCUAGGCCUGGACUGGAUAGUAACAGACCGAUAUGACCAGCAGUGUUAAAGCUCACCUGUCAAGCUGAGCAUCAUAUAUGCCAAGCUACAACAUCGCCAAGUCAAAGAUUAAGCUUGAAUUCAUAGGAAACAAUCUCUGGAUAUCAACUAAACUUUCAAGAUUGUGACAAAUAGCUACAAUGGCUAUUUUACUUAAGCCUAUAAAUAUUAGAAACUGCCAUGAAUCAGGUUCAAAAAUUCUGUCAAAAUUACUAUUCAUUUACUAUCUGAUUUUCAUUUACACUCUCUAUCUACAAAUUCUAACUUGAGCAUCGGAGUGACUGGCUAGAAGACUACAAACCUCGCAUUUCUGUAUUUUGUAGCCUCACGUGGCACCAAGAUUGAAUUUCAGAGGCUCAUGGCAGCAUCACAAUGAUAGUUUUAAUAGUCUAUAAUGCUGCACACCAAGUGAUGACCAUUCUUGCUGCUACUUAGCAUUUACCUUCUAUUAUAGUUUCUGAGAUUAGUUGGAUGCUUGGAUCCUUUGUGGCCUUUAUAUUGUUGAAUAUGGAUAAUGAAAAAGUUAAAAUUGUUCUCGUGUUGAUUGUAUUUUGCAGGUGGCUACUGUUCAAUGGUUUUGCCAGUUUUCUGACCCACUGUCCUGAAGUGUUUGGUCUUACCUUUAUAAUUGAUUGUGCAAAUCUCCCUAUGUUAUCAGAAUAUAGAUAGUUUCACUCAUUAUAUGCUGCCAUGGUUCAUCUUUCUAUUUUCUUCGUUGAAUCUCAAACUCAAAGUGCUAAAGGCUCACAGGUGGUUCAGAAUUUUUUGUUUUCCUAGUCAAGGGGUCAGGCAGGUGUCAAAAACCUGGAACUGAAAAUUUUAACGGCUAAUAUAUGGAUGCUGCUGUUGUGAUGUCACUAACAUUGUAUACAAUGUAAUGGUUUCACAGUUUCAAUGGAUCUCUAGGAAGCCUUGCACCCGCUAAUCCCAUGGGAAUAAUUACCAUAAGGCUUUUGUAAGCUUGUACUCAGGACUGUAUUAACUUUUUUUACUUAGUGGCUUGUAUAUACAAAAAUCAAAAUUUAUAAGCUUUUAUAGGAAUCUGUCCGUUCAAGCACAAA